GGCAGGGACCCCGGCCGAGCGCCGCCGGGACCGCCGCCCUCAGCCCGCCCGCCCGCGUGUGCGCGCCCGGUGUCCGCGCGCCGACCGCCCGCCAGAAAAACCAUUUUUCUUCUCUGGAGGGUGAACAUUUAUAGCAUCGAUUUCACGGAUCUGGUAACAUGGCAAAAGAUGCCGGUCUAAUUGAAGCCAACGGGGAACUCAAGGUCUUCAUCGACCAGAACCUUAGUCCUGGAAAAGGUGUGGUGUCCUUAGUGGCCGUUCAUCCCUCCACAGUAAACACGCUUGGGAAGCAGCUCUUGCCAAAAACGUUUGGACAGUCCAAUGUCAACAUCGCUCAGCAAGUGGUAAUCGGAACGCCUCAGAGACCUGCAGCGCCCGACACUGUCGUGGUAGGAAGCCCACACACCCCUAACACCCACUUUGUCUCCCAGAACCAGUCUUCAGACCCCUCACCUUGGUCUGCCGGGAAGCGUAGCAGGAAAGGGGAGAAGAACGGCAAGGGGCUGAGGCAUUUCUCCAUGAAGGUCUGCGAGAAGGUGCAGCGGAAGGGGACCACGUCCUACAACGAGGUGGCGGACGAGCUGGUGGCAGAGUUCAGUGCCGCGGACAACCACAUCUUACCGAACGAGUCGGCUUACGACCAGAAGAACAUCAGACGGCGAGUCUACGACGCCCUGAACGUGCUGAUGGCCAUGAACAUCAUCUCCAAGGAGAAGAAGGAGAUCAAGUGGAUCGGUCUGCCCACCAACUCCGCCCAGGAGUGUCAGAACCUAGAGGUGGAGAGACAGAGAAGGCUGGAAAGAAUAAAGCAGAAACAGUCGCAACUCCAAGAGCUUAUCCUGCAGCAAAUCGCCUUUAAGAACCUGGUGCAGAGGAACCGCCAGGCGGAGCAGCAGGCCAGCCGGCCGCCCCCCGCCAACUCCGUCAUCCACCUGCCUUUCAUCAUUGUGAACACCAGCAAGAAGACGGUCAUCGACUGCAGCAUUUCCAACGACAAGUUUGAGUACCUGUUUAAUUUCGACAACACAUUUGAAAUCCACGAUGACAUCGAGGUGCUGAAGCGCAUGGGGAUGGCCUGUGGGCUGGAGUCCGGGAGUUGCUCCGCCGACGACCUGAAGGUGGCGAGAAGUUUGGUGCCGAAGGCGCUGGAACCCUACGUGACAGAAAUGGCUCAGGGAUCGCUCGGCGGUGUCUUUGUCACGUCGGCAGUUCCAACUGCCAACGGCACGAGGCUCUCUGCCAGACUCACGGUUUACCAAGUAAGCUCCUCCGUUUUGUGGAGAGCAGUUGAAGGCCGCAGGUUGGGCGCAGAGAGGAUGCUGUGAGGCCCCCCCGGGGGUGCCGCUGUGCCUCCGCAUGGAGACAGGCCUCCUCCGAGUCUGGAGCCUGGAUGACCUGUGUCAAGUUGUAGCCCUAGGUCGGGGUCCCUUCGGGGCCUUCCCUUGCUGUUCAGCUCAGACAUGAAGACACUGAAUGACUUGUGACGGUGCCUGAGCAAGUUGUAGCUCAGAAGAAACGUCGCCUUCCCUCCCCUCGUGGUGGGCGUGGCCAUCUCCCGUUGGUGCCCUGGGACCGUAACUGACCACAGCUGACCCUUCGCGUCUCGUGUGCGCUGUGCUGGGACGCGGGCGGUGGCUGAAGCCGCCGGGGUUCUUUGCCCAGGAUUCUGGCUCCUGAAGCCCCUCCAUUCUAGGCCAGGGUCUCGCCCGCGGGCCUGUUGAUGUUUUGGGCCGGACCACCCUUUGCUGUGGGUGCUGCCUGUGCCUUGUGGGGCACUGGGUUGUGCCCUCGGCCUCAGAUGCUAGCACCCCCCCCCCCCCCCCCGCCCCAGUUGUGGCAACCAGAGGUGGUCAUGUGUUUCCGGAUGAGGCUCCCAGGAGCGUGAUGCAAACGCAGGUGGGUUCCAGCGACCCAUUUGAAGACGAGGGCGCGGGGCUGGGCAGCCCUGGCUGCUCUAGAGCCCAGCCCCGCAGCUCUGCCCCCUGGGUCCGUGGUCCCCGCCUGGGCCCACCCCAGGGGCCAUCGUCAGGCGGCAUUCCAAAGAAUAAAACCUGCAAGAGCCGUGGGUCCUCGGGGCCGUCCUGGAGGCGCAGGCUGCAGUAAGACGCGCCCGUCACCCCCAGCUUCCUGGCCGGCAUGGACGCCAGAGGAGCUGAGGGUGGGGCCUGGGGUGGCAUUUCCACAAGCGGGCACACGCACACGCCAGCACACGCUCACUGGGUGCCCCUUUACUCCCCGGCUCCCAGCCUUCAGGGAGGUCAGGGAAGUCACAGGCGGAGGCCUGGGAGGAGAGUCUCGGGGGUUUUCCGGUUGGUGUGCCCGAGUCUCGCUUCCGACAUGAUGAUAAAUGGGGAGGACUCGGUGUCGGGGCCCUGCCGGAGGCCCUCGUCCAGUGGUGAUGUGUGAAGGGGGCGUGACGGGUGGCGUCAGCCUCGGGGGCGCUGGGCUCUGUGCUGCACGUGGGUGAGGCUUGCCGUUUCGGUUCGUGUAGUUGAGAACACCCGGACCUCCCGGGGAUGCCGGCCCGUCUCUGGCGCCGCAGACGCCGCCACUGACACCUCCUGUCC